AUGGAGCUUAACGAAGUGGAUAUGGUUACGGGCUCGCUGGACAACCGCCCUGUUUUAGUUAGAUUCAAUACAUGGAAAGUCAAAAAUAUCCACCGAGAUAUAGCGAUUACUGCUCAAGUGAGUCAUCUGAAGAAUGUGUUGAGACUUGUCGGUUGCUGUCUAGAAUUUGAACAACCAGUUAUGGUGUAUCAAUAUGUUGAAGGUAUAUCUCUUAGCGAUAUACUUUUCAGAAAGGAUAAUCUUAUUAGAAAAUCGGCAUUAUCUUGGGGAAAUCGAUUACGGAUUGCAAAUGAGGUUGCUUCUGCAAUCGUUUUUCUGCAUACCGAAUUUACUACGCCCAUUAUCCACAGAGAUUUGAAGGCUCAGAAUGUGAUAAUAGAUCAGAAGAGCGGUGUUGCCAAAAUAGUAGACUUCUCAUUGUCCAUAUCACUGCCUCCGGGAGAAUUGGAGGUACAAGAGGAUGCGAUUUAUGGAACACAUGGGUCUAUGGCUCCAGAACAUGCCAUAUUGGGUAUUAUUACUCUAAAAGUUGAUGUCUACAGCUUUGGGGUUCUUCUCUUUCAGCUGUUAACCGGAAAGACAGUGCCAGAUAUUUAA